AAAUUAUUCAGUUAACAGUUGCGGGUUGGUUGAGACAUACAAGCCCCGGCAAGAGUUAAGUUAAGUGUCGCCAGUCUAGAAGUUAAAACAAAGUGCAAAAUGAAAUCCAUGCUCAUUUUUGGCCUGGUGGCUAUGUGCGCGCUGUUGGCCAGCGCCGAGGAGGCCGAAAAGAAAGUAGAGGCUGCAGUUGCUGCUGAAGCGCCUGAGAAGAAGCAGGAGAAGCGCGGCAUUGCCUAUUCGGGCUAUGGCUAUGGUGGCUCAAGCUACGGUGUCUCCGGUCUGGGCGGUGGUGCGAUUCUGGGCGGUGGUGCAAUUUUAAGCAGCGGACCCGCUGCCGUUGUCCAGCAGCUGCCCACACAGGUGCGCACCAACACCGUUGUGCGUACCGUGCAGGUGCCUUAUCAGGUGGAGCGUCGUGUGCCCUAUCCCGUUGAGAAGACCGUCACCUAUCCCGUCAAGGUGCCCGUGCCACAGCCCUACCCCGUCGAGAAGGUCGUCCAAUACCCAGUGAAGGAGAUCGUCAAGGUGCCCGUCCAUGUGCCACAGCCCUACCCCGUCGAGAAGGUCGUCAAGGUGCCCGUCAAGAUCCCCGUCGAUCGCCCCUACACCGUCCAUGUGCCCAAGCCAUACCCCGUGCCCGUCGAGAAGCCAGUCCCCUACACCGUUGAGAAGCGCGUCAUCCAGAAGGUGCCCGUCCAUGUCGAUCGCCCAGUGCCCUAUGAGGUGAAAGUGCCCGUCAACGUGCACGUUGAGAGCCACGUGAAGCCCGCCAUCACCGUCACCCACACCGUCACCAGAACCGAGGGCCAACCCAUCGUCAGCGCACCAAUUGCCUACGGUAGCGGCUCAGGCAUUGGUAUCUCCGGACCUGGCAUUGCUGUCGGCUCCGGUCAUGGUAUCAUCUCCACCGGACAUGGCAUCUCCGGAUAUGGCGUCACCGGACACGGUGUCGUCUCCGGACACGGCGGCUACCUCCACAAAAAGUAGAUCAAUUUUAAUACUAACGAGGGCCACAUCCGCUUCUGACAUCGGGUAAUAGGCGUAUGGCAACCAACAUCAAACAAUACUUUAUCAUACGAAGAACAACCAUAAGAAAAAGAUAACCUAACUGGAACUAUCCCAAAAAACGAAAAAAGAAACCCGCGACCCGCGACCCGCAACCCUCAAAGUACGACUUACACUUUAGUUUUAGUUUGUGAUACCAACCGAAAUUCUAGGAGGAAAGCAACAAACAGCGUGUUCAACGGGAAGAUCAUCAAAUGCGGCAAUUCGCUGAGUGUUUUCCUAAACGGAACACUCUGGAAACUUGCCAGCCCCUCCCUCCCCCUUCAAUGGAAGGAGAAACAAACAUCAAGUCGCAUUCGGUUGUCCUGCUUGUCUCUAUGUUAGUUGUGUCACCAUCUUCCUCUUAUGUACAGUUCUUUCUAGACAGAAAACUAAACAAAAACA